AUGGCGUUUGGGUUAACCCGCCGCAAAGCGGCCUUGCUUCUGUUUUAUGGCGCGCCAAUCUUGAUGCUCCACUGUUGGGACUUUGUGUCCCAACAAAUGGAAGCCGCAGAUUCGCAAUGGGGCCGGGAUAUUGAUGUCUAUGAGCUCUUCAGCGGUUGUGGAGAGCUAGGGAAUCAGUGCAGAGCUGCCGGACUCAAUGUCCGAAAAUCGGACAUUUCCAAGGGCCUCCACCACGAUAUAACCAGCUCUGAAGGAUUUCUCCUGUCGCUCAAGAACGUGCUUCGUGUCCGGUACGGAGGAUUGCUUUGGUGUGGGGUCCCAUGCAAUUCAUGGGUUUGGAUGGCGUCUUCCACAACAAAGCGAACUACUGUCAGCUACGGGAUAAUGGGAAACGAAGCUGUGCCAUCUGUCGCAGCUGGUAAUUGUAUAGCAGCCAGAGUGGCGCUGCUAUGCAUGGUGGCAAUAGUCCGAGGGAUAUUUUGGUGUGCAGAGCAGCCGGGCACAUCCUGUUUGAAGGAUUGUCCAUAUAUCAGCCAUGUGCUCACAUCAAUGGGUCCACAUUUUUUCCGAAGAAUGUGGAUGGGCAACUUUGACCACUGGGCGAGUAAACCUUCCCAACUUUGGGGUUCUUGGCCAGAUGUGGAAUCAUUUUCCACCCGUCUCUCACGUGCGAUUCAGAAGAGGUUGCAGGAAUCUUCAAAAGGCAUGUAUAUCCGUAAGAGGCUCCCAGAUGGACGGGUCCAUGUGACAGGGGGAAAACGUUUACGAUCGAGUGGGGCAUAUACGGCUGGAUUCGGGAAACAUGUGGCCAAGUUACUUCUGAAACGAAAACUGCAAGCGUCUUGGCUCAUCAUUCCGGUUUCUGUGUCGGGUUCACCCCACAACUUGUGA